AUGCCAAGUCCGAAGCCUUUGAAGUCGCCGAAGCGACGUCGCAGAACCGUCAUCGAUGACACGAAAGCGAGCCAGAAAAACUCGUCCUCGCCGCAGGAAGACGACACCCCUCUGCCCGAACUUACCCCGCCCAUCAGCGACAGCGAGCGAAACGAAAAGCUGGCGCGGGCCGAAAGCUACGACCAGUCGAUGCUGCCACCGCCGGAUAAAGAAUCAGAAUUCGUGAAUCCACACCUAAAAUACGAACAUGCCAUAGCCUCGAAGAACUUCGAACCCGGCGAAACCCUGGCCAACAUUAGUGCUGGCGAAUGGGAGAGGGCGGAUCCGGCCUACAAACCCGAAAUGAUCAACGAAAAGAUGAAGGAGGUGGGUUACUGUACAUUGUUGUGGGGCUUUUCGAAGGUAGGAGUACUGUGUGAGAGGGUAGGAUAGAGUGCUAUUAUGUGAGGAAGUAGGGCUUUUGGGAAGUAGGGUAGGGGUACUGUAUGAAAGAGUAGGGUAGAAGUACUGUAUGAGAGGGUAGUGUAGGGGUACUGUGUGAAAGGAUAGGGCUAAUGAAAGGUAAGGUAGGAAUACGGUAUGACUGAGUAGGGGUACUGUGUGAGAGGGUAGUGCUAAUAGAAAAUAGAGUAGAGUUACUUUAUGAGAGGGUUGUAUAUGGGUACUGUAUGGGAGAUUAGGAGUACUGUGUGAGAGGUUAGGGCUAAUGGAAAAUAGAGUAAGGUUAGUGUAUGAGAAAAAGUAUGAGUAAUGUAUGAGAAAAGAAAGUAGGGGUGCUGUAUAAGAGAGUAGGAGGGGGAGGGAGGGGGGAGGUGAAAGGUAGGGUAGAGAUACUGUAUAAGAGAGGCCUUACCUUACCCUACCCUACCACAUCUUACCCUACCCUAUAGUAACAACUACUGUAUUCUUAGAACAAGAUCUCGGUAUUCCAAGCCAGUCAGACAAACGUUGUAGAGGGAAACUCGACCGUACUCAAAGCCAAAGGAUCUUCGAAGCGGAAAAAAGGUAAAAUACGAUUACAAACUAAUUAAUACAAGCCUAAAUCUACAUUUUAGACUUAAAAAAUACACUUUACAAAUUUUUGAAAUUAUCUUUAAAUUCCAUUUUUAAACUUAUAUUACACUGCCAUUCCAGCAUCACCUUCACCCGCGCCCGACAAAGCGGCCCUCAUCGGCCAAAUGGUGACAAAAGUGAUUCGAGAGUACCUAAAAGGCAAAAACGAGGAUCGAAUUCGACUGGAAAUCCGACUGGUCGACGAGGACGACGUGCCAUUUGAAUUGGCAACGGCCGUGAGGAAAGACGCAAAGCCGAUGGACGAAAGGGGCGGGGUUGUGACCAAAAAAUCGCCAAACAACAAAGGAUGGCAUUCUUAA